CCCGCCCCCUCCCCCACCCGCGGCUGUGUCCGGACGGAGAAUGUUCUAGCGCUGGGGGCGGCUGCGGAUGAAGUCCUGGAGGGGAGAGGCGCGGGCCGAGGGCGAUGGUGGAGUAGAGCUGCCUCGCAGAGGCAGGAUGAGCUGAGGCGGUGACGGGGAAGGAAGGAGGAGAGACAGCAUGGAGGACUUUCUGCUCUCCAGUGGAUACCAGCUGGGCAAGACCAUUGGGGAAGGGACCUAUUCAAAAGUGAAGGAAGCAUUUUCCAAAAAACAUCAAAGAAAAGUGGCAGUUAAAAUUAUAGACAAGAUGGGAGGGCCAGAAGAAUUCAUCCAGAGGUUCCUGCCGCGCGAGCUCCAGAUCGUUCGCAGCCUGGAUCACAAGAACAUCAUCCAGGUGUACGAGAUGCUGGAGUCAGCCGAUGGUAAGACCUGCUUGGUGAUGGAGCUGGCCGAGGGGGGAGACGUCUUUGACUGCGUGCUGCACGGCGGGCCUCUGCCUGAGAGCCGGGCCAAGGCCCUCUUCCGCCAGCUGGUGGAGGCCAUCCGCUACUGCCACGGCUGUGGCGUGGCCCACCGAGACCUGAAGUGUGAGAACGCCCUGCUGCAGGGCUAUAACCUAAAGCUGACUGACUUCGGCUUUGCCAAGGUACUGCCCAAGACACGGCGGGAGCUGAGCCAGACCUUCUGUGGCAGCACAGCCUAUGCUGCCCCAGAGGUGCUGCAGGGCAUCCCCCACGACAGCAAGAAGGGCGAUGUCUGGAGCAUGGGCGUGGUCCUCUAUGUCAUGCUGUGCGCCAGCCUGCCUUUUGAUGACACAGAUAUCCCCAAGAUGCUGUGGCAGCAGCAGAAGGGGGUGUCCUUCCCUGGGCACCUGGGCAUCUCGGCUGAAUGCCAGGACCUGCUCAAGAGGCUCCUAGAACCAGACAUGAUCCUCCGGCCUUCAAUCGAAGAAGUUAGUUGGCAUCCAUGGCUAGCAAACACUUGAUAAAAGCAAUAGCAAGUCCUCCCCAAUAAAGCAGGGGAGAAAGAAAACCCAAAGUCUGCUUCUAAAAUGGUGAUAUAUAUUUUACACUUUACGUUUGCUUAUCCUAUAAAACUCAUCCCCACCCCCUCUCUCUUUUCCCUUAAAAGACCUUCAUGGAACCAAGGGCUUCAUUCAGACCUCCCAUUUAUCAUGCCCGAUGUGAAUUUUUAUACUACAGGUGUUUAACUAAAGUAAAUUAAAAUAGACCCCAGAAGCACACACCUGGGGGAGGAGGAGGAGGAGGAGGAGAAAAGUUACCAGAACUAUUGCAUCUACGCCGUUGUUGCAACUUUCCAAAUAAAAGCAGAAGCAUUGGGAAUAAUGCAGAAAAGGCCUCUUGACUCCUUGUCUCAGCGAGGGCCAGGUGCCUGCCUCUUGGGCCUGGUAGGCCACUGUCCCCUUCAGGCAGGGCCCCAGUUCAGGGUACUAGCUAGCUUGCAGCAGUUCCUUUCUCUCAGCCCCUAACCGAGUGCCGGGGUGAUGGGGGCUCUGCUCCAACCAGUGGCCACAAUGGAAUGCUGCUCUUGGGCUGGGCCCCACCCCAAAGGGGCUGCAGCCCAGACCAGGCCAGACACCUCCCCCCACCAGGACCACUAAGGGGGGGACAAGAACAAAGCCCCAGACACCUCUGGCUAACUCGAAUGUCUUUAAUAGCUGUUAACUGCAAGUCUGCAAAAGGUUCAGGACAAAGUUUCUUUGUGGGGUUUUUAAAUUACAAAACUAACAGCUGUUAGAAUCUUUUUUUUCUUUUUCCCAGCUACAAAAUGCUCUGGG